UGAUUGAUGAGAAAGGGGGUGGUGUAGAAGGGGGAAGUUUUUGGAAGAUUGAUAAAGAAGGGGCAAGACCUGAUCUCCACUGUGAGUAAUUUCUGUCAAUCUCUCCAUCUUUGUGUUUCCUUUUCUUCCUCUUUUUUGGGUAAACCGAUCUUUGUUUUCAAGAGGACAAAGUGGUAGUUGUAGAGUGAUAGUAUCACCUCUAAUUUUAGUGAAGCUUUCAAGUUUGCUCUGUUGUUUAGUGAUUGAUCUGCUCAAUCAUGCCAUUCAUUUGUUCCUCAUCAGCACUGGGAAGGGUUUGAUUCUGCUGUUUCUGCACUGCUGUGCAACCGUCUUCCCAACACAAAAAGGUCCUCUUGUUCUUUAGGCGCUGCAUCACUCAACCAUUUACUCGGCAGGAAAGGGAAUUACUAUCUUUUUAUUGCUAAGGUUCAUUGUAGGUGGCUGAUAGCACUUUGGAGUGAUGGCUGAAGCAGAAAUUGAUAAUUUGAACUUGAAGAACAUAGGAGGAUCUCUUCCAGUGCCGAACGUUCAAUCGCUUGCGGCUUCAAAGGAAUUCACUGAGGUUCCAGGAAGGUAUGUUAGGCCUGAGAUCAACAGCAGUCCUGUUCUGGAUAGUGCUGCCAGACAUGGUGAUAUUCCAAUCAUAGAUUUGAGUAGACUUGAUUAUCUUCAGCAUUCCCAAGAUGAGGUCCUGAAACUCGGUUUGGCUUGUGAAGAAUGGGGUUUCUUCCAGCUCAUUAACCAUGGAGUUCCUGAUAAAGUGAUAGAGACAAUGAAGGUAGUGAUUGAAGAGUUCUUUCGGUUGCCUUUGGAGGAGAAGAAAGUAUAUGAACAACUUCCAGGCUCUGUUGAAGGCUAUGGCCAUGCCUCUGUUGUCUCAGAGGAACAGAAAUUGGACUGGGGGGAUAUGUACUUCCUUUCUACUAGACCAGUUUCUGGGAGGAAUUUGAAACUCUGGCCAACAAAUCCACCAAUAUUCAAGGAUGCAUUGGAUCAGUACUCUGAAGAAAUGCAGAGAGUGGCAAACAUUCUGUUAGAAGCAAUAGGGAAGAGCUUGAAACUCAAUAAACUCAUAGACAAUUUCAAAGGUGGACUACAAGCUAUAAGGAUUAACUAUUACCCUCCAUGUCCUCAAGCAAGCAAGGUGAUGGGAUUAUCCCCACACUCUGAUGCUGUGGGUCUAUCAGUGCUUCUUCAAGUGAAUGAUGUUCAAGGAUUGCAGAUAAAAAAGAAUGGUGCUUGGCUUCCAAUCAAACCACUCCCAAAUGCUUUCAUUAUCAACCUUGGAGAUAUCAUUGAAAUAAUGAGCAAUGGGAAAUAUAAGAGCAUUGAACACAGGGCUGUUGUAAGUCCAGAGCGAGAACGCUUGUCGAUUGUCACAUUUCAUAGCCUGAGGACUGAUGCACAAGUAGGCCCACUUCAGGCAGAGACACAGGAGAAAAGUGAACCAUUCUACUACAAAGACCAUUAGCUUCCCGGAUUAUUUAAGGAUGACCUUUGCCAUCAAACUUGAUGGGAUGCACUGGAGUAAUAAUACAAACAAGAAAUUCGAGGAGUGGCAUAAGCUUUAAGGAUUGACUACUACCUUCCAUGUCCUCAAGCAAGCAAGGUUGAUGGGUCUAUCACCUCAUUCUGAUGCUGUAGGUCUGACAGUGCUACUCCAAGUGAAUGAAGUUCAAGGAUUGCAGAUAAAAAACAAUGAUGCUUGGGUUCCAGUCAAACCACUCCCUGAUGCUUUCAUUAUCAGCAUUGCAGAUAUCAAUGAAGUAAAAAGCUGUACUCUCAAAAUCAGCAAUAUAUGUGUGCAUCUGCUAAUUACUGCUAGUGACUAUUGACACUCUGUCUCUGUAUGUGUCUAUUCAGAUAAUGAGCAACGGAAAAUAUGUUGCAGGUUGAGCUGCCUGCAAUGUAGUUUCAGGAAUAAUUGCAGAGGAAGAGGUUGAGAUAGAAGGAAAUAGAAGCUAGAAGAAGGAGAAGAUGAGAUAGAGGAAGGGAAUUCUGGCUAAAGAUGCCAUCAUUCCUAUUACUGUCUUGCUUUUAUAUCAAUAUCCUGGAGAAUCAUUUACAAUUG